AUGACGAGGAUGACGAUGAUGAAAGGAGGGCGAUUGCGCGCUGAUCGAAUUAAACUGACGGGAAAAAGAAAACAGAAAGCCGAAAAGAAAGAGAGAGAGAGGGUAACAAGAGAGGACAAAGGGGAACCUGCUCUAGCAAUUGGAAUAUCAACUAAAGAAGCCUCACAGAUGAUAAAUGAGCAUUGUUCACUUUCUUCAAGGACUGCAACUCUGCUUCAAGAACCACAAGCUUCCUCUGAAGCUCCACCAUCUUCCUCUGAAGCUCCGCCAUUGAUGGCCAUUGACAACCUCCACCACCACCUCCUGUUUGCGGCAGCGAAAGACGCGUACGACGAGAGUUCAACGCACAACAAGGUGGCCAUUGACAACCUCCACCGCCACCUCUUGUUCGCGGCAGCGAAUGACGCGUACGACGUGAGUUCAACGCACAUCAAGGUGCCUCUUCACAAUUUGGUUUUGUUGGAUGAUAGCUCCUGCAAAAAUUUUUUAGCUAUACAUGAUGUGGUUGGUUUCUACAAGGAGAACACGUCGACACGUUCAACUCGCUCGGCUUUAAGGUGUACGUAG